AUGGCAACAUCACGCCAGGUAACCUACGACAGCCGCGGGCUGAAGAUCUUUGCAAAUCUUGUCUUUCCUCCCACGUCAGCUCCCGACCGCAAGAAUGCUGCAAUUGUUGUUGGUCACCAGGGUACAGGUGUCAAAGAGCAAGCCUCCGGCCUGUACGCCAAAACCCUUGCCUCUGAAGGGUUCAUCACCCUCGCCUUUGAUGCAGCCUACCAGGGAGAAAGCGAGGGCUUACCCCGAGGCUUAGAGGAUCCAGCACAACGUGUCGAAGACAUCAAAUCCGCAGUCACAUAUCUCUCAACCCUUGGAAGCGACGUAGUCGACCCGUCCCGAAUUGGCUGUGUAGGCGUCUGCGCCUCUGCAGGCUACGGAAUCAGCGCUGCAGCAACAGAUCAGCGCAUCCAGGCUGUCGCCGGCGUAUCUACAAUGUGCUUUGGCACUUUGACCCGAGAAGGCAUGAAGGAUCCAGCAACCGGACAAAUCGACGCUGUGAAACUGUCCCAAGGCUUGGAGCAGGCCGCGAAGGCUCGGAUCGACGAGAUGGAAGGCAAGGCGUCAGUGACUCACAACAUUCUGGACGUGUUUUCCCACCCAAGGGAGGACAUCAGGGCAUACUACAAUGAUCUUCGGUGGAGUAACACGAGAUGCACCAACGAGAUGGUGACGAGAAGCUCCAUGCUCCUCGUCACAUUUGACUCAUUUCAAUAUGUUGAGUGGAUCUCGCCGCGGCCUCUGCUGUUGGUUGCCGGAAACGAGGCAAUGACGUUCCCAUAUAGUCAACAGAUUCUACAGAGGGCCAAAGAGCCGAAGGAGUUUUUUGUCAUUGGUCGGGCUGGCCACGUUGAGUUGUAUCAGGAUGUGUCAAAGAGUGGACCGAAGCUGGUUGACUUCUUUGUAAGGGCACUUUGCAUGUAA